GAAGGGGUGGAGGUGGUGAGGAAUGAAUCAGAUAUUCAUCCCCAGCACGGCCCAGGACAGCUGACCGAGAAGCGAAUCUACCUCAGCAGGUAGAGUGCACUCUAAUGAUUCUGUUGCUGAACUAUAAUUCUGCCAAUUUGAAAACUGAGCUUUAUCCUCAGGUUGCCAGUUCUUCUUCAAUCUUUGAUCUCUUACUUCACUGUAAAGCAGGUUGAAGGUAUCACUACUGACAAGCCAUAAAAGAUAAACAGCACAGUAAUAGUCAUACUACAGUGGAACCUGCCUACAUCCAAAGUCCAAAUACCAGAAACAUGUUGAGGCCUAUACUGUGGGGUUACAGUGGAAAUGUUAUUGUACUGUAAUGAGCUCAUUGGCCAGAAAACAGUUCAAGUAUUUUUGAUUGUGUAAAUACAGACUGGGAAAAACACACCCACGUCAUCCUGAUGGUGGUAAUUAUAGGAUAUGUGGGACAUUUUUAUCCUCUGAUAUUUAUCUUCUAUUGUUGAAAAUACAUCAGUGUAUUAAAAGGUAUUAAAAGCUAUUCACACCGUAACCAUAUGCACAAUAAGCACAAAUUAUCAGGUACUUUUUGUUAAUUGUUAGUCAUACAUUCAAAAUAAUGGUAACAAUUUAUUUUAAAUCCCCCUAUUUAGCAUUUAGAAGCAGUAUGUUAACAGGUAAUAAAUGGUUUAUAAAUGUUGGGCAUCCAUAAAUGCAGGCUGGUGUAUAAAUGGAUGAUGAAUGACAAUACAAUAAAAUACAGAUGUAAUGAUAUAAAACAUGUCUUAAAGGUCCUAUAUGUUAGAAUUAUGAAGCAAUUUACAUGUAUUAAUUGUUUUUUAUUGCCAAUGAGUGAACGGGUUGUAAACUCUAAAGAUGAGACCUUCCACAACUUUGUUGGUUGGGUCUAUCAGCCUUUGGAGAGAUUUCUAUGUGAAGGACCUGGGCCAGAUUUUCUGUGAAAAUCCAACGGAUGUGACGUUUUUGCGUGCUGCCGAGUGCCUAGCCUCUCUCCAACUAACGUCAACAUAUGACCAACACCCACCACAAUAAAAACAGUGCUAUCCGAGUAGAAACACCCUGCAGAUAUUGGUUCUCCAGCUAAUGAGACAGCUAGCUGCCUCCAUCAACCACUACGCAUUUCACAACAAAACACCUCUGCAAUGACAAGUCGCCCACUCCCGAGCACACACACACAACUAAAACAACAUUAUUUCCUCAACAAAGGAGCAGAAAACAAGCUCCAGAGCGAGAGAAGAACAUAACUUAACCCUUUUGUUUUUUCUGUUGGUAGUCCAAAGGUGGUAAUAAGCACACAUUUCACAACAAAACCACAGCGCGUUGCUCCCCAGGCAAAGCUUGCUGAGCCGACCGGUGUUUAGUAAACACGACUGGUAAAAAAUAAGUUGGCGGCUUGUGGGUGGGGUCAGCUUUCUGGCAGAGAGUUAGAUGAGAACAUCUCAUCUAAUUUUCUGGUACUGAUCUUUCUGGCAGGAAAAUAUAGGCAAAUAUAAAGCCACAGCUGGCAUCUGGUUAGCUUAGUUUGCAUGAAACAGGGCAAAACAGCUAGUCUGGCUCUGUCUAAAGGCUACAAAAUACAAAAUGCAGCUACUACCGCCUCUCAAGCUCACCAAUUAGCAUGUCGUAUAAUAUAUGUUGAAUCUGUACAACAGCAAAAAAAAAAAAAAAAAAGAAAGUGUAAAAAUUACAAUUUGAGGAUUUACGGGGGUUAUGACUGUUUGUUAGCUGGGAGCAGUUACCAGGCAACCUGCAGUGACUCUAGGAAGUUAUUGCUGCAAGCAAAGAAAUUGUCCGGAACGUAAACCCCUUAAUGGGCAGAUUUUGUAACCUUUGGAAAUGAACAGGAUACCCUUUUCCCCUUGUUUACAUUCUUUAUGCUAAGCUAAUCUAACCGGCUGCUGGCUUCAUAUUACCAUACAAACUUGAGAGUGAUAUUGAUUUUCUCAUCUAACUCUGCAGAAGGUGAAUUAGAGUAUUUCCCGAAAUGUAAAAUAAUUGCUUUGAUGUGCUGUCAAUAUGUCAAGAACUUCAACUCCAAGUAUUUAUAUUUUUUAUAAAUACUUCUUCACUUUCCAUUACUAAACAUCAUACCCUUAUGCAGUCCAUGAGCUGUGGCUGAAAGCUCCUCAAGAAAUCUUUUAAGUAGAACUCGUUGGUGGACACUGAGUUAAGAUUUUUUUUUUUUUUUGCUAAACUACUGCUUGCACGUUUAAGAAUGAACCUUGAAACUCAACAGUUUUAAACCCACCUGUGAAUGAUUUGUUUAUAGACCAGUUAUGAAUGCUUCAGGAACAAACACAAAUACAUUAACAAACACUUAAAAAUGUAUUUAUGUCUACUUAAAACUAUCUUAUUGUGCUUUAUAAUAUACUGCUUAUAAACCCUGAAUAGGAUGGGUUAAAAUAAGAAGUGCAGGAAUUUGAAGCAUGACUGUAAUGGCUGUUUUACUGUGGUUAAAGAAUUAUUUGAUAUUAACCCCUAAACCAGUGACAGUUCAUCAAUCUAUUAAUUGUGAUUAUGAUGAAAAGCCCAGUCUGAAAACAAGCAGAAUUUUCUUUUAACUCUAAAUUCAUUUCCUAACCCUAAACUCACCUCACUCAUUACCCUAAUGUAACCUCAACACUAAUUCUAAUCACCACUAUAAACCCAAGGCCUAAUUCUAAAAUAAACUCUUAGAGAAGUAAAGAAAUGUUCUCACUGUGGAGGAUUUUCCUAAUCUCUGUGCUUGUGGGACAUUUAGUCCUCAUUAGUGAAGAAAUGCCAGAACACACACACACAUUUGUAUUUCUAUCUUUGUGAGGACCCUUAUUAACAUAAUGCAUUCCCUAGCCCUAACAAAUACAAAUAAAUAUCUAACUCCAUCCCUCAUCUUCAACUGAACCUAAACCUUUUUCUAACCUUUAAAACCAAGUCUUAACCCUUAAACAGCUCUUUGACGGUCCUCACAUUCCAAAAAUGUCCUCACUCCCGAGGUCUAAAUCUCAAACUGGUCCUCACAAAGAUAGACAUACGAGUUUACACACGCACACUCUUAAGUACAGUGAGUGCAGAACGUAUCCCACCUCAAUCAUGUUCUGACAUGUGACCUAGAAGCUACAGUUACAAUUCAUCACCACAGGUGUAAUUGGGAAUGAGUCAUACAAAUGAACGCUGUGGUGAGAGUAGCCUACAGUAAACUGCCGUCUUGGGCGAAAGCGUUCAUCCCGCGAUUCUUCUAUGUGACAGAGAAGGCCUGGAACUUCUACCCAUACACCAUCACAGAGUACUCAGUAUCAUUUCUCCCCAAGUUCAGCAUCCGUAUUGAGACGAGAUUUGAGAACAACAACGGCAGUAACGACAAUGUGUUUGGGGACACACCGACUCCAGCAGAGGAUGUGAGUGUACUGGAUAUCCUGAGUGACCCCAUCCCUGAAAAGCACUACAAAGAGUCGGAGGACCUGAGUUGCUGGCAGUCAAGUAAAACUGGCCGAGGGCCUCUGGAGAAAGGCUGGAUAGAGGACCACAGGCCCAUUAUGUGCUCCUAUAAGAGGGUGCAAUGCAGCUUCGAGGUCUACGGCUUCCAGACCAGGACUGAAGAGUUCAUACACAAAAACAUCCGGGACAUUCUUCUGGUUGGCCACAGGCAAGCCGUAGCGUGGGUAGAUGAGUGGCACGGGCUGAGUUUGGAGGAGGUGAGAGAGUACGAGCGGGCGAUGCAAGAGAAGACCAACAGCAAAGUCAAAUCAAGCCAGAACAACACAGGCACACCAGCUGCCUCUCGUCCUGUUUUAUCUCGCUCCAUCUCCGUGACAGACGAGCGUUCCCUGAAGAAGAUGGGAGUGACAACUGCAGCCAUGUCUGACCCCUCGGCCUCUUCUGUGCCGCACAAUCCCAUUCGACUCAACUCCACCCCUGAAUGAUACCUCACACACACACACACACACACACACACACACACACACACACACACACACACACACACACACACACACACACACACACACACACCCCUACUGUACAGUGCAUACACACAGAAACCAAAGUCAACAUUCAUCAGAGCCAUGUGAUGUUAUUUCUCAAACACAACCACAUGCUGAAUAUAAUCACAUUGUAGAGGUUACUUGUUCUCCCAAUUGUACAGCAUUAAUGCCACACAAAUACUAUGUGCCUGCUCAAAGACAAUUUCUACUGUCACCAGUGUCUUCAACAGCCCGUAAAUGCAGUGUAUUUCAGAGCUUUCUCUCCAUUCCUAAGCUAUCGUGAAGCUCACUGACCACCAGCAGGGCUCUACGAUUGUUUCCCAGCCCCUGGCCAGAAGCCUACAGACAGAUGCAUAAGGAGUUUAAUAGAGUGGAUCUAAUGAGAGAGCAGAGGAGAAGACGGGGGAGAGGGGGAGGGGGGCUGUCAAUGCUAUGGAUCUGCUCUCCUCUCCAACUCAGCCAAUAGGUCAGGCCAGGUGUAUUGACAGAGGGCAGUGAGGCGUUGUAUUGGCUCCUUGAUCGCUUAGCUGAGAGUUGCAAAUGGGUCAAGCCAAGGCUAAACUUCAAUUAUGAGUCAAUGAUCUGACCAUUUAUAAGACUAUUAGCUUAAUUUUUUUAUGUACAUUUAGAGGAGAAUGGGUUCUAAUCAUCAGGGAUGUUGGCAUGAUUUCACUGAUUUGAUGCAUAUAAUGCAGAAAUAGUACAGUUUGCUUUUAUUCUAUUUGUUUUUAAUUGUUUAUUUGUAAUAUUAAGUAUGAGGAUGAAUCAAGUGGAAAAUGUAUGAGGAAAUUGCACUGUAUAGUCUUUUAUAAUGGAUUUAUAUCAAUAAAUACAAUUUCUUUCCAAUGAAAAGGUUCACUAGUGCCGUGAUAUCUGCACAUAUAAGUGAAAAAAAUGGACUCCCUUUUGAUCAGUAUUGACCUGUAAAGAUGGACCAGCUGCUGGCCCAUCACAGAGCUCACAUGUA